GAUGUGCGAGGGAGGUGGCGGUGGCACAAAGAAUGGGCAUUUCCCCGCUCUCUUGUCCUGCAGAGGCACAGUCCACGCUGCUGCCUGAAUUCAGUUUGCCGUCUGCUCUCUCUUCUGAGCUUCUUGCAACUUGCUGUCCCCCCCCAAUUUCCCUCUCACUGAAUGUUUUGUUUCAGAUGAUUUUUACUGCAUGUAGUUUAUGUGUUUCACUUUAUUUCCCUUUUAGAUCACUUGUAUCUUUGUCCUCACUAAUGUUUGCAACCUUUCCCUGUGUGGUAUCAUCUGUGUUUUGAACUAACAUGCUGUUUACCCUUUCUUCCAGAUCCAGUUUCUGAUCCUACUUCCACAUUUGGGAGUAUGCAAGGGACAAACACAUCUCUUUGCGUAGCUUGACUGGAUAUCCCAAGACUAGGAUGUCAGGGUUUGAAAGUAUUCUAGAAGGGCUGUUUGGACCUGGAUUAUUAAAAGAUCUCAGUUUGUUUAAAGACUGUGAGCCCGAAGGUGUUUCUGAUUGGUCUUUUGAUGAAAAUUGUCUUUUCUGCUGCCUGAGAAGAGAAAAAGUGAAGGAACACUUAGUCAGUCUGGAUGAGCCAGCUUCGGAAGCUGGGCAAGAAGCUCUGCUUAGACAAGAGCAAGCAAAAAUCAUUCGGUUCGAGAGGCAAGCGGAAGAGUUCCUCAAUGCAGUCUUUUACAGAAAAGGUAGUGGAAGCCAAAUGAAAUGCCUGGUUGGUUUUAAGAGAGACUGCCAGGACAGUCCUAGGGUCUCUGACCCCAAUAUUCCCCUAGUGGCCCGUGAGAUCAUGCAGCGAAUGAUCCGGCAGUUUGCUGCUGAAUAUACCUCAAAAACUAGCUCUACUCAGGACUCCAGCCAGCCCAAUAGCACAAAGAACCAAAGCCUGCUGAAAGCAUCUCUGGUCGCCUCCUCUCCCACGGCUGCAACUGCUCAGAACCCCGUGCUCAGCAAACUUCUCAUGGCUGACCAAGACUCGCCUCUGGACCUCACUGUCAGGAAGUCUCAGUCAGAACCUAGCGAACAAGACGGAGUGCUUGAUCUGUCCACCAAGAAGAGCCCUUGUGCCGGCAGCGCCUCCCUGAGCCAUUCCCCAGGCUGCUCCACUACUCCAGGGAACGGGCGACCUGGGAGACCCAGCCAGCACCAUCCAGAGGGACACCGGAGUGGUGAUGGGGUACCUCCAAGAAGCUUGCAGGAUGGCACCAGGGAAGGUUAUAGCCACUCCACAGCUCUUAAAGUGCCGCUGGCUCGAUCACUGCAGAUUAGCGAAGAGCUGCUGAGCAGAAACCAGUUUUCUACCGCUGCCAGCCAUGGGCCAUCUGGACUGCAGAAUCAUGGACAGCACUUAAUAUUAUCCAGGGAGGCUUCUUGGGCAAAACCACACUACGAAUUCAAUUUCAGCCGCAUGAAAUUCAGGGGAAAUGGUGCACUCAGCAACAUCAGUGACCUUCCUUUUCUUACAGAAAACUCUGCCUUUCAAAAAAUGGCACUUCAAACUAAACAGGAUGGGAAAAAGGACAUGAGCCAUUCGUCUCCUGUGGAUUUAAAGAUACCACAAGUUCGAGGCAUGGACCUUUCAUGGGAGUCCCGCACUGGCGACCAGUACAGCUAUAGCUCUUUGGUAAUGGGUUCACAAACGGAGAGCGCGCUUAGUAAAAAGUUAAGGGCUAUUCUUCCGAAGCAAAACAGGAGAAAUUUGCUGGAAGCUGGACCAGAUUCCUGGGGCUCAGAUGCUGAGCAGUCUACCUCUGGACAGCCAUAUCCCACCUCCGAUCAAGAGGGAGAUCCUGGCUCCAAGCAACCUAGGAAGAAAAGAGGGAGAUACAGACAAUACAACAGCGAGAUCCUGGAGGAAGCAAUCUCUGUGGUUAUGAGCGGGAAAAUGAGCGUUUCGAAAGCUCAGAGUAUUUAUGGGAUUCCCCACAGUACACUGGAGUACAAAGUUAAAGAGAGGCUGGGCACUUUGAAAAACCCUCCAAAGAAAAAAAUGAAAUUAAUGAGGUCGGAGGGGCAGGAGGUUUCGGUAAAGAUUGAAUUAGAUCCCCAGGGAGAAGCAGCACAAAGUGCAAAUGAAUCAAAAGAUGAGUAGGGAGGCUGUAGAGUGCCAAUUACUUUACAAACUGGGUGAGCACUACUGCAUUGUUCAACCACCGCCGAGUGCACCUCAUUCCUCUCUGCCGCCUAGCGUAGAUUUGUGUGGACACAGGUGAAAGGUGUGCUCUGAAUGUCGCAUAUUUGUAAAUUUUCUAGCCUGGUCUGGCUCAGAAUCUGCCCCCACCUUUUCUUUCUUUCUCUCUUUUUCUUUCCCCUUUUUUUGCCUUUGCAUGUUUCUCUACUGUUCUAGAGAACUGAGUUACCUCACUAAAGAGCGCAGACAUGUGGAAGUGGACUCCUUACCUGUAGAGCCUGCCUGUACUUUUGUUGUUUGAAUUCUUUUUUCCAUGUUUGCCUUUCAAAAAGCAAGUCCACUUCGUUAAACCGAUUCACUCGUAUACCAGGCUUUUUUGAAUGAGAAUCAGACUGUCAUUUUGUAAUUCAGAAUGCCUCACAUUCUCCAGAAACAUUUUUUUUUUCUUCUUCUUCUUCUUCUUUCUUUCAUCGAGUUGAUUGAAGGAUUAAGGUAAAUCAAGCUCUUUGAGGAAUGGCAGAGCUCUUGAACUUGGAGAUUGGUUAUUAGAUAGGUAAUCAAUCGGGUCUAAUUAGGCUUUCUGCCAUUUUCUUUCUAAAUUCAAUUUAUGUACCAUUAGCAAUCUGCUUAGUGCUCACCCGGAGGGGCGGGGAGGGGAAACUACAUACACUACCUUCAGAAAUACUUCGGUUAAUGACGUAGUAACACUACCUUCACUGUAAUUUUGUUUGAUACUUUCUAAGGGUGAGAUUUAGACUCACCUGUUUGAGGAUGUAGCCUUAUCUCACGGAAGACGAGCUCCUCGUGGUCAGGAGUGGUCAGGGUACACUAAAUGAUGUAUUAGGGUAUGCCUCAUUUUAACAGAACUGUGGUUCUUUGCAACCUAUAUACUUUUUACAGGCGUGAUUCAGAGUUUACUAAACGGUGUGGUUCCAACAACUAGUUUAAGCAACUCUAAUCGGGGAGAGGGGGGUACGUGGAACAAAUUACUGUGAUCUUGCAAAAAACAAAAAAACCACAAAAAAAACCCACAACAAACCCGUGAUCUCAUAAACACGACAACCUCAAUAGUCUGCCCAAAUAUCCAUGCUAAUGAAGGAGCUGUGUUAAUGUUCAGGGAAGAAAUAAAACACGCAGGUAGCCUGACCGGAUUUGGGCUCCACAUCAUAUCUAGCUGUAACACUGUCAGGGUCGAACACCCAAUGGGUGUUUCCUUUUUAAAUACUACAGUUGCCAGUAGCAGGAAAUACUCUCGUAUAUCCUGCAUAUAUAUAUAUAUAUAUAAUUUUUUAUUUUUUUUUUUGGUUUUUUGGGGUUUCUUUUGUUUUACCUACUGUUGGUUUAAUAGUGGUUUAGUGCAGCACGCUAGCCUAAGCAGAUAAACAUCAUAUAAGCACUCCGUACACCACAAAUCCACUCUUUUCCACGACAGUGAUAUUUUCAUCCUUCUCUAGAUCCAGGAUAAGUUUUGUACAGAACUUUGGUCUUUGAUGCUUUCUGCAGGAGUGGUCAAUAGCUCGAUACAGCUUACUGGACUUACUACAGUUUGACCAAAUCAGAAUGGCUGGUUCUUCAGGUAGAAACGAUUUGCUCUGAAUUUCAAUCUGUGCAAAAGGUUGCUAGGACUGCCAUUGUCCUAGUUGCACGACCAAAAGAAGCGUUGGGAUUUGUGUGUGUGAGAGCAUUAAGCGCUGUUGGUGAUUGAAAGCGGAUGCUCAAAGUUCACUGGAGGACGACGUAGAUAGCCCCAGGGCUGCUGAAUAAAUUCUGGAGCGGUUAAUUCAAUUAGCCUUUUUGUUUUAGAUAUCUAUCUACCUAUCUAUCUAUCUAGCUAUCUAUAUAUAUAUAUACAUAUAUAUAUAUAUAUAUAUAUAUAUCUUUUCCAGCAACCUAUUAUGUUCAGAGGUUAGGCACACCAUUGCUGUCAUUUUAAAUAUGCACUGCUCAUUCUUGAGAAGGACUGGGCUCUUGGCCCAAGUAUGCUGUGUUUUUCUUUACUUACUCUAUUUCAACACUUGAAAGCCUGGUUCCUCUUAGCUCUCUAGCUGUCGCGGCCGCAUUUAAAGCAGUUUUCCGUUUGGUAGCUAGACUCUGCAGCGUGUUCCAGUGUCGCUGGGGAUUGCAAUAAAGGUGCAGUGAAAUGCGUGGUGGGUUCAUCGGUGGUUGAAGGUGAGGGCGGUAGGUUUUGCUGCAAGCUAGAAGUGCAACACUUGCAUAAUGCUGUUCGGAGAGGUUUAACCUUUUGGCAGUUGUCUUUAUUUAAGUGAGGUAUGAGUUGAGUUUUAUAAAACUUGUCCUUAUAGUGUACGGUGGAGUGAUCAUUUUACUAACGUGACUAUUUUGUACGUGUAUGGUUAAGUGGAUGACAAUCGUGCAGCAGAAGAAUGGUGUGCCUACCCUUGAAUGCUGCAGUUCAAAAAGAGAACUUGUCUUGUGUCAUUUCCGACUGUAGGCUAAGGCUUGUAAAUAGACAGUGAAAAGUUGAGUACUCUUUUUAUUAUUUGCUUUGGUUAGAAAGUGAAUUUAAAAAAACAAACCAAACACUUAACUUUCUCAGAUAAACGUCCUGAGACCUGAAGAUUGUAAUACUCAUGUCUGCGAAGCUUUUAAAUGUUAACACUUGAGAUCUGUGAGAACUUAAUAUUCAGGUAAUCUUUCUUUCCCGAGAAGCUUUUGAACAACCAUAUUUCCUCCAAAGGUCUCUGUUUAAAAAGAAAAAAAAAGAGAAAAAAAAAAAGUGUAGAUUAUUUUUUAAGCACUAAUUGCAUUACGUUGGUAACUGCAAUAUAAAAUAGCCAUUAUUGUUUUGUGAAGCAUGGUUGAGAUUCGUUAGUGGUCCCUUUUUAAAAUUUCAUGAGCCUCUCAAAAAAAUAAAAACAAAUUAAAAAAAAAAAAAGCUGCUGAAUAUUCGAAAGAUAUAUAUUUUACCUUAUUGUAGGGUUUGUAAAUUUAGUCUGUAAUAUUCAGGUGCACCUUUUAAUGUUAAAUCUUUGUUUCAAAGUCCAUCGAACGUAUUUUCUCCGCGGUGAUUCAUCCCGUGACUGGUCUCGCUCCAGGUGCUGCAGUGAUUACUGAUGUUUGGUUUCUUUCGUUCACGACGCAUUCUCGACAGGCGCUUUCAGUGUAGCCGUGCACGUAGUAUUUGGGAUCCUUUUGAAUAGAUAAUUGGAAGUAAUGUUUGUCCAUUAGCAUGCUUAAUUUUCUGCUGACCGGCAGUUUGCGUGGCCAGACCCCCCAGUCGAGUGUAUGCUGCGGUGGGAAGGUUGCGGCUCACAGCCGUCUGUGUAACAAAAGCCUCGUUUCUCAAGUUAUUACCGGUAAGUGGACGCUUGCUACUUGGGCCCGUUGGACAGGAGACAGGGUGGAAACCUCGUCCCUCUUCCUGUUCUCGGGAGCAGGCGGCCCGGCCCGUCCGGCGUUCCCAGGUGCUCGUGUUCACUCCUUCCUGAGGGUGCCCAUCAGCUGUGGUCAUUGGAUUCAGCAGUAUUGUUGUGUGCUCCGUUGAUGUUGUUGGAAAAGGCUGACACCAAGAAACUGUGAAUCAAAUACUUGUGGCAGUCUCUGGGUUUUUCAGUCCAGGUAUCACGAAGGAGAAUCCCUCUCCCUGGCUCCCGGCCUAGAAAAGUGAGUUCCUUAUUUUGUGUGUACACAGUUCGAAGAAUCAAGUUGCAUAUCGUGCCGAAGUUUAGAUGUGGCUCGGUCAAGCUUUGCUGCAGCAUGUCGCUGAAGACGAGUCGGGUCCUGAUGUGGAGUUGGUUGUCGUACAGUUCAACACGUGUGAAGUGUAGCGGAUUUUAUUUGGACCUGUGAAACGUGAGAGUGCUUUGUUAGUGCCCCGGCAAGUCCGCGACCGUUGUUACCUCGCUUUCAGCCAGCUGGAUCCUCCUCCCACUACGUUGUAAUAAGCAGCCUUACCUUGGCCAUGGCACUCGAGCACAGCCGGAAAGGGUCGCACGCUCCAGCUGGGUGUUGCAGAGGCAGGGAGCAUUUGGGCUAGAUGGUUUCUGUCGGGAGAUCCCCAGAAGUGUUCCUACCCUAAAUUUUCCUGAAACGGGUUUCACGAAAGACGCACACUCGUUGCCUCUCGCUCAGUAACGCGUUCGGCCUCUCCAGUCGUAUCAGGAGCUUGUCUUUGCGGUUCUUGCCCAAGCUGCUGCGAGGACGCUCCGGGCGCACGAGAGGCAGCCGCGCGUGGCCGUUCAGAUCGGUUGGGGCCAGGCGGAGGACGAGUUGUGCCAUUUGUGGCAGACCCGCGUUUGCAAGAGUCGGAGCGUUUCCUUCGUGGAGAUGCUGAAAAGCGCAUUGCCUUCCCGCAGGAAUUGGUUAGGGUUUUGCGAAGCUACCUGGGAAGCCGUGCACUAGGCUUGGGGCAGACUGAACGGCAGAGUUCGGGUCAGAUCCAGCGGCGUUGUGCUCGCUGGACAUGAUGGUCGUGCCGGUGACAGGUGGAAUGAAUGCACGUUCCCAGCUGCGUCUCUUCGGUCGGCGUAGGUUUUAGUCUCUCUUCUGGGCUGUCCUUGAGCUUUCGGGGGCGGGUGGGGGAGAUCGUUGAAUGCAUUCCUGGAGCGAAGGGAAAUGCUGUGCAGUUCCCUUGUCUAGGCCCAGAGCAGUGCUGCUCUGAUCCAGAAAAUGGAGAGUUUUUGUUCUAAUGAAGACGGGAUUGGGACUCUUCAUCCUCGGGAGGCGUACGCCAGCUCCGGCUCCAAACCUGAUGAAGGAGAAUUUUUUUUAUGCUGUACAGAAAGCUUUAUUUGUCACGGUGAUUUUUGUCUUAAAUUCUCUGCCAAAACAGGAAGGUAGCACAGGGAGGGUUGUGUUCCCUACGCUUUGGUGAGGCUUGGGGGGAUCUUGGUUUUCCCCACAGAGAAGCUUCAGCGACGAGACGCGGGCCGGUUGAUAUCCUGUCGAUCGAUAGGAGCACACAAGCUACAUCUGCAGGAUUCCCUUUCCGGGAUGGGUUUGGCUCCUGUCAAGGUUUUCGGGUCCUUUUGAAGCGUAUUCAGAACUCUAAAUUAGAUCCUGCAGAAACCUGAAAGUAUGCACUGCUAGUUAGUUGUGGUUCUUUUGGAUGUAGCAAAUAUUAUAAUCACUAGAUUUACUCUUUCUUAAGUAUGUAAUAUAUACACAUUUCAUCAUAUCUCAAUCACUAAACAGAGAUGUUAUCCACUCAAACAAACCGAUCCACAGGUACACUCCACAUAUACCAAAAAAGCCCCGUGAGCAGUCGCAUGUACACAUCCCACCGCUCACCUCGCUCACGGAUCCUUGGGUUUGACUAGGGCAAGACUCGUAUACCAGUAUUACAGCAGUCAUGGAUUUCGUGUCCUGCAAAAUUACACCCGUACUCAGGUAAUCUCCUGGAAACCUUCAAUUUAAGAUAGCCUUAUAUAAUCCUCAUGAAACUUUACGAGCCCAGUUGCAAGCUCUGGUUUCUCACCCUUAUUACGGUGGCGAAGGACUUUUACAAAUUUUGCCCGGAAUAUUUCAUUGUCUUUUACAAAACAUGCCUCGCUUGUCCCUAACGAGCGAGUGAUGGAAUUUUGCAAGGCUCUAAGUAAUUAUCUUUGCAAAUACAUCGGUCUCGGCGGGCGCGAUGGGAGCUUGAACAGGGACGUGGACAGAUGCGUCGGAAGAGAAUUUUAGUGGUCGCUAACCAGAUCAAAUCUGACCGAGAGUCUCUUUUUUCUACCCCAAAAAACAAAGACAUCACAACUGCUACAGCUCUUACUCGUUCUAUCAAAUAACCGGUGCUACAUUUCUCAAAGAUUUUUGAAGAUCGUUUUUAUGCACGCGAGAGCGUGCGCGGUCAACUUGCCUGUCGCCAUCAAAGCGCGGCUGACCCGUGGUAAAUUACCAGAAAAGGGAGAAUUUUAGCACUUUUUCUGUUAACAGCACUAGAGUCUUAAUUUAUCUGGUCUUCAGAGUCUUGGAUACUGCAAGUGUUACAGCCUGAGAUCAUUAUUAACCACUUUUCUGGUCAGAUCACAAGUUCUCUUGAGAGAUGAAUCUGUCUUGUAAAGAAGACUACAAUAUUUUAUAACGUUCAGGCAGCGGGCGUGCAGAUGCCUGAUGUUUGAAGGAAACAUUUCAAAAGACCAUUUCAGGGCUUGAAGUUUGGAAUCGGGGAUGGUGGGGAGGGAGGAGGGAAGUUUCCCAAAAUGAAACAUCAUUUUAGGCCAUUGUUUAGUGUUCAUUUUGACAAAUAUAUCACUAGGAAAAUGGGUAGGGAUUCUUUCUCCCUUAUGCCUUCAGGGAAUGAGCAGUAUUUGGCUGAAAUUCAAGCCUUUUUACCAUGUAAAUUUUUAAUAUAAACUCACUGACAUGCUUUUUACAUCAGAGGACUGAAAAUGGAUCUUAAUGUUUAAGUUGCGGAACGGUAUAUUUCUUAACCGAAGGGGGAACGUUAAAAGAAAAAAAAAAAAACCCUAACUAGAUUAGAAUACCAGCAUUAGUGAGCUUAAGGAAUUUUAGUAUGUAAUAGCAAAGUAUAGCAAAGUAUUUGAUUAAAAAACCUAAUCUUGAACUGCUAGUCUGUAACUAGGUGCAUUCUAAUUUAGCAGGUGAAUAUUCUUUACUUAUUGAUAUAUGAUGGGCUUUUUGCAAAUAGAAACCUUUAUCUGAGUCCCAGGUGUUGCUUGUCCGGAUGGGAUGUAUGCUUACAGCAGCUUACUGCUGCUUUAAAAAUGUAUAAAAUAUGUUUUGAGUGUUUGCUCAUAACUCUUUCUAACCUCCACUCGUUCAGUCGUCAGGCGUUGGUAUUUUAUCAGUCCGCAAUGUAAGUUGAACUAAUGUUCUUAGGAAUCCAACUUGUACACACACUGUUUAAAAACCCUCAGGGACAGUUUACACACUAUCCUCACUCAAUUCAGGUACUUGUACUCUAUUCUUAAACCUAGCAGUGACUUGUAUUUUGUUUUGCUUUUCUUUUGACGUGCUGAUAGCACAUCCUUGAUGAAUGUCAACUUUAAAACUCAGUUCAGGUAUCCAGGUAUAACUCAGCCAAACGGAUUUUAAAGCUGCAUAUUACUCUCCAGCACACAGUGCCUCAGACACUUAUAGUGGCAUUCUGUAUAUUCAGUUAUUACUACUGAGCAGAUCGUAUGGGGGUUCCUGUUAGUAUUGUAUUGUAAGAAAAUUCUAUAUAUAUUAUAUAAUAUGUAUUAUAUUAUAUACAUAUAUAUCAUAGAUGUAAUCGUAAACGUAUAUAUUUUCAAAUGCCACUACUAGCCAGCGCAGCUAAACCGAAAUACAUUCCCGACUGCUUCUGCUCGCUGUCCGGAGGCAGUUCCUUAACGUGGCUCUUGCUUCUUUCCCCCUCGCUACUACUAAAUUCAAGCACUGGUCCUUGGGUGUCUGACCUCCACAUUCUAGUUAUGCAAUGUCUUUAGAGAAUUCUGUGCACUGGCCACUGUGAUGGAAACCAAUGGGCCGGGCGUGCUUUGAGUUUAUUAGUAGCCCUUCUGCCAAAGUUGGUGUCCGUGCGACCAGCGUGUAAACCCCUCGGCUAAUCGGCAGAGGUGCGAGGCGGCGCCGGCGGUCUGCGGCAUCGCUCCCACGUGUUCGGGAAGACGCGGGGGUCUCGCGUGCGUAGCGCCGGGCCUGCCCGCCGCGCUGCCGGGCGGCAAACCGCCGAAAUCAAACCUGCCGCGACACCUCUGCUGUAUUAUCCGACAUUUUACAGCUGAAAAGAGUCCUCGCUCUAUUUAUAUAGCCCAUAGUCUCUGAAGAGUAUGGAAAAUGGCAUUUCUCUCUGACCUCUAGAAGUUCAAGUGUCAUGGGAAAAGAAAAAAAAAAAACAGGAACCCCCUUUACUCUUAUGGACCUCAUUUCAAUAUACUGUUUACAGUUUGACGGAAUUGUAUAAUUUAAUAUUUCUCUUGUACUGUAGUUUAUAUUUAUUUACAGAUUUUUUUGUACUGUGUGAUUUGAACUUUUUUUGUUCCUUGCUAUGAUCAACGUUUUAUGUAGUAGAGCACUUAUGAUCACAAAUUAAGGUUUUUGGUUUGAUUGCACUACAUUAAUUUUUUUUAACGCAGUUCUGAUUUUUUGACUGGACUAAAUAAGCUGUGUCUUAAUGUAUGUGAUAAGUACUUUUAAAUUUUUAAUUCAUGUGGUCCAUUUAUUUUUAUUUUUUUUGCAUUGUAUGUCAAAAGCGCUAAUUCUCUUGUUGUGCAUGUGUAAGAUUUAAUGGCUCCAUUGUAUUAUUUGACCAUGUCAUUUUGGAAACACAUUCCCGGCUGUAAUGUUGUGUAUGGUAGUUUUCACUGGAUGCUAGACUUUUCAAAACCACUAUUCUUCUAAUAAAUUUUGUUGUGAAAACUUUAAAAAAAAAAAAAAAAAAAGGAGGAUUUGAAAUUGUAUUGUUUCCAAACGUGCUUUUCAUAUGGUCGCGGGAGCUGCCGGUGGUAUUGUCAGCUCGGGAUUGCCAAGAAUAAAGCAAGCCAGGGAGGGAGCGAAGCGUGGAAGGGAAACGAAGGCUGGUUGAGGAAUCGCGGUUUGAGUCUCCAUCUGUUUCUUGUGGUGAGCAGGGCUCCCGACGAAACCUUUUUAGCAGGCGGGGAGAGGAUGCCUGCGAGCGCUGGAAGUGCAAUCUUGCUGCCGCUCCUCUUUCCACAAGCUCCCUGGCUCUCACUCGCUUUUCCCCCCGGACACCCUAAUUUUCUUUUCGCAGUAAAUAAUUUAUCUAGUGGAGAGCAUGGUCGCGCCACAAAACGAGGUAGUUGGGCUUCUUGAGGAUUUAUCGAUGAAUCGGGAGCGGAGGCCGCCUUCUCCUGGCGUGGUUCGGCUUGGCUUGCCGAUUACCUUCCCGGAGAGGUGGGCUGCGAGGUGGCAGUGCCGGCGCGCCUGGGGCUGGCUGGCUUGCCUGUGGAGGGAAUCAAACCCGGAGACUUGCGGCUGGUGGGCAGGAGUUGGCGCGAGAGCCCCCGUUGGCAGUGCCCGCUCCUCCAAGCAGAGGGAUGCUGGCAGCUCUGAGUAAUGCAUGGAAAGCAUCCAGGACCUGCUCCCUGGCACCUCCUGCACUUGGCUCCGCAUCGCGCUUCAGCUGUUCUUCAGGCCCGUCCA